UAGAAUGAAAGAUAAUGGUUUUAAGAAGAAAAGAUUUGUCGCUUGUAAAGCGAUUAAGAACAAUUAUUAUUUCACUUUCUGUUACGAAAAGGUGUUCUUUAUUGACAGUUUUAACGAUUUUGCGGCUGAAAAUGUUUGUACACGUUGAUUUCGAGUAAACUGAUUGAUAAAGAAACAAAACACUGUACGAUACGAUACGAUACAAUUUUAAACGUGGAAAACUAAAAUUUCCUUUACGACGUCUUUGUUUAUCUGACAAUGAGAUGUUGCGAAAUUGUAGCCCGUACCUUUGAAUCGAAGCAGCAAAGGUAAAAUUUAUGACGAUACGCGUCAGCGCGGUAAGAACACGAACAAGUAUCUUACGUUGCGGCCGUUUCAUUAGAUAGUAGGAAUCGUAUUCGUUAUCUGGCGGUUCGAUUUAAGCCUUGCACUCGAUGGAUUACCGACAGCCUUAUCGAAGCUUCGUUUCGCGGCAAUCUUAAACGUGAUGUAAAUUUUGAACGGAGCAGUGCGAUGGUUCCAGUUACGAAGGAAAUUGAAAGAAAUAUGUAUAUGUAUAUUGUUUUCUCCGAAAAUAUCUUCCCUUAUCCUUUAUUUCCUUUUUUUUUUCGUCCUAUCGAACUCCCUAUUGCAAUUUAUAAUAGAUUUAUAAUACAACUUUACAAGUUUAUCGAGAAUAAGUGUAAAGUUACAUAUGUUGCGGAUCGCGUUAUCGUUCCUUCUCCUCCUCCUACUCCUUCUCUUCCUCUUUACCUGCUUUAUAACCCCCUCUCUCUUCUUCAUUUAUCGGUUAUGCCUUGUCCAUAUCAACUUUUACCAGUUCGUAUGGCCUUUUAUCCACGAUUCCUUUCCCUUUUCGCGUUUAUUAAGAAGCACGUGUUCUACGAGUAUAAAACGAAUUCGCACAGAGAGCGUCGAUUCAGUUACUCGCGACAUGUGGUUAACAAUAAGAUGUAUAUAAGAACCGACGACCGUUUCAACCUGUAGAUUAUCGUGUUUCUCUUCUUUUCUUUUCUUUUCUUUUCUUUUCUCUUUUCGCUAAUAUUCCUAAUACAAUUUCGAAGAAAAAAAGUGAACUGGUAUCAUCGAAACUGUACGAGCUGUUUUUUUCUGUGUUCGUUUCACUUCAGCCGAUUGUUAGCCGAUCCUGAAAGAACGUAUUUAACGUAUCGACGGGAUGUUAUCCGUUUGGAAGGCAUGCUGUGGCAGAAUACCGCAACGAUGGAUAUUCGCGAUAAUGGGAUUUUUGGCGGUGUUCAACGCUUACGCGAUGAGAGUCUGCCUUUCGAUCACGAUCACCGAGAUGGUACGCGCAUCGGAGAUUACAACGAAACCCAACAACGGUACUUGUCAGAUGAUGGGAAACGAUCUAGAUGAUAACGCGGAUUCGAAACCGUCCAACGCGAAACAAUACGAGUGGGACGAACGCACUCAGGGUAUAAUCUUAUCGUCGUUUUACUGGGGUUACGUGAUCACGCAUUUACCCGGAGGUAUGCUGUCGGAAAAAUUCGGUGGAAAAUAUUCGUUGGGUCUGGGAAUCUUGGCAACCGCGGUAUUUACGCUGCUGACGCCGCUCGUUGUGGAUCUCGGGGAAGCACCAGCCCUGAUCAUUGUACGCGUGUUGAUGGGUCUCUGCGAAGGUACCACGUAUCCGGCGUUGAACGCGAUGCUCGCUCAAUGGACACCUCCCCAGGAAAGAUCGAUGAUCGGUUCGUUGGUGUUUGCUGGUGCGCAACUUGGCACUGUCUUUGCAAACUCCUUGUCCGGUAUUAUUCUUCAUUAUUCGACCGUUGGAUGGCCGGCUGUAUUCUACGUGUUUGGCAGUGUCGGUGUACUUUGGUUUCUCGUAUGGUUGAUCACCUGUUACAACAGUCCGGACACGCAUCCGUUCAUUUCCGAAAACGAGAUCAACUUCUUGCGGGAAAGAAUGCAGGCGCAUACCCAUAAGAAACCACCCUCGGUACCGUGGAGACACCUUCUUACAUCUGUUCCGCUUUGGGCACUGAUAGCCGCGCAAAUUGGUCACGAUUGGGGUUUCUUCACCUUGGUGAACGACCUCCCCAAAUACAUGAGCAGCGUUCUCAAGUAUUCGAUCAAGAGCAACGGAUUGUUGUCCGCGUUACCCUACUUGACCAUGUGGAUUUGUAGCGUCGUUACAUCCUGUUUGGCCGACUGGAUGAUCACCAGGGGUUUCAUGUCACGUACCAACGUACGCAAACUCGGAACCACGAUUGCCUCGCUUGGCCCAGGAGCGUUCAUUAUGGGUGCCUCUUACGCCGAAUGCGACAGAACCACGGUCGUUCUCAUGUUUACUCUCGGCACUACUUUGAUGGGCACAUUCUAUCCAGGAAUGAAGGUUAACGCUUUGGAUCUUAGCCCGAAUUAUUCCGGCACUUUGAUGGCACUUGUAAAUGGAAUAGGCGCUUUCAGCGGUAUUCUAACACCGUAUAUCGUCGGUGAAUUGACUCCGAACGGCUCCCUUACCGAAUGGAGAUUAGUGUUUUGGAUCGUCUUAGCUGUAUUCUUAGUGACCAAUUUGGUUUUCGUACUUUACGCGAGCGGAGAAGUCGAAUGUUGGAACGAUCCCGAGUUCAUCAGGCAGGAUAGGAAAGAAAGACGAACGAAAGCUAUGAAAAACGGGGAAGAAAAGAUUGAGAAAACUUUACCGUAAAUAAGUCAUUUCAACGGCGUUCACGCACUUACUUAUAUAUAUAUAUAUUACACUUACCUACAACUUGUUACUAAAAAUAAGUAUACGCGUAUGCUUCGAGCAGUUCGUUUGAUCGAAACAAAACUAAAAAGCUCUGUUGCAUUCUAUUUCUUCAUUUUCCUAAUUACCUUGUCGUUGUUUGAAACUUUUCAUCUGUGUAAUUUCUUUUUCCCAUCUAGUCCGAAUUUCUUGUAUUCUCCAGGAGCGAAAGAGGAAGUGAAAGAUUUCCACGAAACGUACGACAACGACGAAACAGUAGUAGGACCAAUGUAUUGUCGAGCGAGAACGAAAUGCAUCGACGUAAUUUUCGCAAACGAAUUCCAAUGUACCUGAAAAUAUUCUUAUGAUUACGCUGCAUUGUUCGUCGAUUAGACACUCGUAACGUGAAUAAAAACUGUUAAAGAUAAGAGGGAUAAGAGUACGAAUAUGCAUAUGCAUAUACAUAUAUGAUGUACUCACAUGUGUAACGCUUGACAGGUUGUUGAUCCUUUAUAUCGCUGUGUGGUUUCGUUACCUACUACAGUUAUACAAAUUGCGUGAAAAAGAUAUACAUGUAUCUAUUUAUC